CCCCCUUUCGCCCGGCCCGAAAGUAAAACGAGGGCGCCUCCGUUGGCAGAGGCCGGCGGAAGUUCGGCGGAAGGCGGCGGAAGCAGAGCCAGCCCCCGAUUCAGAGAGGCGAGCAGUUCUGUUAUUCGGGGCUUCGGAGUCGGCCAUAGUCUAGCAUGCUUGUGCUAUUAUUCGUUGUCUCUCUCUUUUUGUGCGGCCAAGGUCGCUGCCCAAUCUGGAGAAGAAGCUCCGCAAUGUCUGCGAGCAUGGGCAUCCAGGUGUAUUAUUCCGCCGAGACCAAGCAGCUCAUGUCGAUGGUGACGGCCGCGGACGUCGCCACCGCGACGCCGAUGACGCCAGAGCAGGUCGCGGAGAUCUUCCCCCACGGGCUGCCGGACGGUUUCUUGCCCAUGAUCUGCGGCUCGUCAUACACCGCGGCGGCGCCGGCGGCGGCGGCGCCGCUAGCAGAGGUGAAGGAGGCUGUCUUGCCGGUGGAGGGGGGCAAAAAGGAGAAGAAGAAGAAGUCGUCGAAGAAGGUCAAGACCAGCAAGAAGAAGAGCAAGGGCUGCUGCUGAGCGCCCGUAUGUCAUCCAGGGCAAUGAGGGGCAGGAAGGGGGUACUGGCUGGAGAGAAGGAGGCGGGCUGGCUGGAGGGGCGCCGCGAGAGGUGGCGCCCGCCGGCGCCUAAUUCGAUUAUGCCUAACCGGAGAGGUCAUGGCCCACCGGCGUGGGCAUCUCUCACCAUCCCUCGGUUCGGUUGGCGGAGAGGGCAGGGAGAAGACAGGGGUCUUCUCGGCCAACCGAGCCCGGGUUGUGUCCGUGAGGUUUGGGCGGCCAGCCCGGUAUGUUUGAUUAGCCAGUGUUUAACAAGGACGCUUCUCUUGCCACGACACGAGCGAGGGAAUAGACUCUCGGCGCUGCUCCCCCUGAAUCUGCUCAGCGGCACUACAUUGGGGCUGUCAACACUUCUGCUCGGCCCUGUUGUCUCAGCACCAUGGCACUGUCGUGGUGCAUCCUCCUCCUG